AUGUCUUGGGGGGGUUUCAAGAAAUCGAUCAACCGUGCGGGAACGCAGUUUAUGCAGAAGACUGGUCAGCUGGAACGCUCUGAUGACAGUCGUUUCAAAGAAGAAGAGAAUAAAUACCGCGAAUUUGAGAAGCAUGCUACGUCUCUCCUGAAAUGUUCGCGCGAUUAUUUGGAUUCCAUUCGACUGAUGUCUGCCUCGGAAGCACGAAUUGGUGACACGAUUGAAGGCUUCUACCAUGACAAUAGCGAAACAGCUACUAUCGCGAGCUCCUACAAGCGUGCCUUGGAAGAGCUUGACGCGCGCACCGCCAAGGAACUGGAUGCGCCGUACCGUGCUACAGUUUUGGAUCCUAUUAGCAAGAUGUGCAGCUACUUCCCAGAAAUCAACAAGCUCAUUGACAAGCGUGGUCGCAAGCUUCUUGACUAUGAUGCUACGCGUACAAAGUAUAAGAAACAGUCGGAGCGUCCUGGAGAUGAUCCAUCGAAACUUCCUCGCAUGGAAAGAGAACACAACGACGCAAAGCUUGUAUUCGAUGCCAUUGAUGAACAACUGAUGACUGAACUUCCGCAGCUCGUGGAUAUGCGGAUUCCAUACCUUGACCCCUCCCUGGAGAUGAUGAUUCGUGUGCAGAUUAAGUUUGCACAGGAGGGAUAUGAGCAGCUGGGCGGUGUGCAACGAUACUUCCCAGAGCAAGUUCGUAACGACUAUGCUGAGGGUCAACUUGAUGCUCAGGUCGAAGGUGCCUUGCAAGAAAUGCGUGGCCUCUCUAUCUGUGGUAUGAGCCACUAG